AUGGCACCUGUCGCAGUCUCCCCACGGGCUACUUCGCCCUCCAUCCCCUCAACCUCCAAGGUGACCAAGGUCAAGCCCAUUUCGGGCAGCACCAACCGUGCUCAUCAGUACAACUCGGAGCACUACGACCUCGGAUCUCUCGCUACCGAGGAGGACUACCCUUAUAACGAGUUCAAGCCUUCCUUCCCUAACGUCCACUGGGAUGCCUACACACCCAUCGAGCCUCCCACCGACCGAGCGCUCUUCGCCGACCCCGAGAAGAAGGAGCUCUUCGCCUCUGCUACCGCCGUCAAGGACCUCACCCGCACCAUCGGUACUGAGCUCGAGGGCAUCAAGCUCGGUGAGCUUACCGACAAGCAGAAGGACGAACUCGCUCUGCUCGUAGCCGAGCGAGGAGUCGUCUUCCUCCGUGGCCAGGACGACUGGACGAUCAACGAGCAGCUGGCCCUCGGCCGUUACUGGGGUCCUUUGCACAAACACGCCACCACCGGUGUGCCUGCUCGCGGCGACCUCGACGAGGUGCACGUAGUCUACUCGCACCCUACCUCGGACCCUAAUGAAAAGGUCUACCGUGGUCCCGUCCAGCACUCGCGAUCUGACCUCUGGCACUCGGACGUGACCUACGAGAUCAACCCUCCCUCAUACACUUCGUUCAAGCUUCUCGUCUCCCCCGAAGCUGGCGGUGACACUCUCUGGGCAUCCGGCUACGCCGCGUACGACCGUCUCUCCUACCCUCUCCGUCAGUACCUCGAGCAGCUCACCGCCAUCCACUCCGCUGUUGACCAGGCCGAUGGUGCCCGUCGUUACGGCAACACCGUCCGCCGCGACCCUGUCGAGACCGAGCACCCACUCGUCCGCGUUCAUCCCGUCACCAAGCACAAGGCGCUCUUCUUCAACCCGGGCUUCGUCCGCUACAUCCCCGGCGUUCCCAAGGCCGAAUCGGACUACCUCGUCAACUUCCUCACCCAGCACGUCUCCUCCGCUUCCGACUUCAGUGUUCGCUUCAAGUGGAACGCUGGCGAUGUCGCCAUCUGGGACAACAGGACCAACAUCCACUCGGCCAUCUACGAGGACGUCGGCGUCAGCAGGAGACACGCCAUCCGAGUCGCUGUUCGCGGCGAGAUCCCCGUCGACAGCGAGGACGGCACCAGCAGGGAGGAGGAGUACUACAAGGCAAGAGGCUUCAAGGUCGACAGGGAGGUCAAGAAGGGUCAGCGCCGCCAGGCUGGCUACAAGGACUAA